AGCUCGCAGGAGGGAUCCCCUAAAUCCCAAACCCUAGAUCAUUCAAAUUCGUUUUUGGGACUUUCGUUGUUGUUUUUUUUUGUGGGGCGAAAUGGGGAAGAAUCAAGCGUACAAGGCGAUGCAGAGAUCAAGGGUUGGCUCCACCUCAGCUCAGCCCGAGGAGGUUGAAGACGGAAUGGUGGAUGGUUCAUUUCAUACACCAGAGUGGCAUGCUGCUCGUUUGGCUAGUCUCAAGACUACCCACACUAUCACCUGGGAAGAGUAUAAGAAUAAGCAAAAGGAAGAAGAAAUGAAAAAGGGAGAACUUGAAGCAGACACCGAUAAACUGAUGCGUGAGUAUAGAGCUCAGCUGGAUGCUGAAAGGUCCUUGAAACUCUCCAAGGGAAGGAACUACUCCAGUGACAAGUCACGAAAAGAUAAGAAAGACAGAGAUUCAAAGAAGAAGAAAAGCAAAAAGAGAAAGCAUUAUUCAUCCUCAGAGUCGUCAUCUAGUAGCGAUGAAGACGAAUCAAGAAGAUCAAGAUCGAGUUCCAAAAGAUCGAAGAAGGAGAAGAAGCACAAGUCUAGCAGAGACAAACGCUUUAGCAAAAGUAAAGACGAAGAUGGCCCUGUGCCACUCUCUAGAUUCUUUGGCAAUUUGAAGAGUUAGAGACAUUGACAACAUAAACAAACAUGCAAAAAGAACCAUUGCAAGAAGUUAGUUAGAUCGUCCUUAAUCAGAAACACUCAAUCUUCUAAUUAGAAGAUGUCAUUGUUUUCUUACUUGUUGCAAUGUUAUAAUUUGUUUACAACAUUCUCAUUUACUCCUUCUGUUUUAUUAUAAGUGUCGUUUUAAGUUUAUG